UGGCGCAGGCGCGUUUCGGGGGCUCCGCUUGUUCAGGGAUCACUGAUAGUUGGGCCAAACGGGCGCGCGCGCGCGCGGGCUGUGCCAGCGGGCCGCGCGUCGGACGCGGACGGCUCAAGGGGCCCGACGUGGCUACGUCGGGAGCGGGACCGGCCGGUGACUAGCGGGCGCUGCGAUGGCCGAGGGUAGCGCGGUGUCCGACCCGCAGCACGCCGCGCGCCUGCUGCGAGCGCUCAGCUCUUUCCGCGAGGAGUCCCGCUUCUGCGACGCGCACCUGGUCCUCGACGGGGAGGAGAUCCCCGUUCAGAAGAAUAUCUUGGCGGCAGCCAGCCCGUACAUCAGGACAAAGUUAAACUAUAAUCCUCCAAAAGAUGAUGGAUCAACCUAUAAGAUUGAACUUGAAGGGAUAUCGGUAAUGGUUAUGAGAGAGAUCCUGGAUUACAUCUUCAGUGGGCAGAUCCGGCUAAACGAAGACACCAUCCAAGAUGUUGUUCAGGCAGCGGACCUGCUCCUGCUGACGGACCUUAAAACUCUGUGCUGCGAGUUUCUAGAAGGCUGCAUCGCCGCCGAGAACUGCAUCGGGAUCCGUGACUUUGCACUCCAUUACUGCCUGCACCACGUGCAUUACCUGGCAACGGAAUACCUGGAGACUCACUUCCGAGAUGUCAGCAGCACAGAGGAAUUCCUGGAACUGAGUCCUCAGAAGCUUAAAGAAGUGAUUUCUCUUGAGAAGUUAAAUGUUGGCAAUGAAAGAUACGUGUUUGAGGCAGUAAUUCGAUGGAUCGCACAUGAUACAGAAAUAAGAAAGGUCCACAUGAAGGAUGUUAUGUCAGCACUGUGGGUUUCGGGGUUGGACUCCAGCUACUUACGGGAGCAGAUGCUGAAUGAACCGUUAGUACGAGAAAUCGUCAAAGAGUGCAGCAACAUACCACUGAGCCAGCCGCAGCAGGGGGAGGCGAUGCUGGCCAAUUUCAAACCCCGGGGCUACUCGGAAUGCAUCGUGACUGUUGGUGGAGAAGAAAGAGUUUCACGGAAACCAACAGCAGCAAUGCGAUGUAUGUGCCCUCUUUAUGACCCCAAUAGGCAGCUUUGGAUUGAACUGGCCCCUUUAAGCAUGCCAAGAAUUAACCACGGAGUGCUCUCAGCAGAGGGAUUUUUGUUUGUAUUUGGGGGACAAGAUGAAAAUAAGCAGACCCUGAGCUCUGGAGAAAAGUACGACCCGGAUGCAAAUUCAUGGACUGCAUUGCCACCAAUGAACGAGGGAAGACAUAACUUUGGAAUUGUGGAGAUAGAUGGAAUGCUGUACAUUUUAGGAGGAGAGGAUGGUGACAAAGAGCUAAUUUCCAUGGAGUGUUAUGAUAUUUAUUCUAAAACCUGGACAAAGCAACCCGAUUUGACCAUGGUUAGAAAGAUUGGCUGCUAUGCAGCUAUGAAAAAGAAAAUCUAUGCCAUGGGUGGAGGGUCGUACGGAAAACUUUUUGAGUCUGUGGAGUGCUACGACCCGCGGACCCAGCAGUGGACUGCCAUCUGUCCGCUGAAAGAGAAAAGAUUCGGGGCGGUGGCCUGUGGGGUGGCCAUGGAGCUGUACGUGUUUGGUGGCGUCCGAGGCCGCGAGGACGUCCCAGUCACCAACGAGAUGGUGACGUGCAAGUCGGAAUUCUACCAUGAUGAGUUUAAAAGGUGGAUCUACCUUCAUGACCAGAAUUUAUGCAUCCCCGCCAGUUCCUCUUUUGUUUAUGGAGCUGUACCCAUAGGAGCCAGUAUUUAUGUUAUCGGAGAUCUUGACACAGGCACCAAUUACGACUACGUGCGUGAGUUUAAAAGAAGCACUGGAACCUGGCACCACACUAAACCACUCCUUCCAUCCGACCUCCGCCGCACUGGGUGUGCAGCCUUACGUAUUGCAAAUUGCAAGCUUUUCCGCCUGCAGCUUCAGCAAGGCUUAUUUCGUAUCCGUGUUCAUUCACCUUGAAGAGGAGGCAGAGCGGAAGCAGAGCUCCUGACCAAGUGCACCGUCACACGGCUCUACACAAGGGGGACCGAGAUGGCAGCCUAAACUUGCUCUGCGUGCCAGGCUUUGUGUGGUAACUCUGGUGGUUUUAUAAUGCUUAGGCGCUUGAGCUUCAGCUCUUGUUUGGGAGAACAUGUAACUGUUCAAAAACUACCUGGGAGGAAUCGGUUCCUCCAGUUAGGUGUGUCUAUAGACAAAUGGAGGCUAGAUGGUGUCAAAAGGAAGAGGGAGGUGGGAAUCGGUAAUUAUGUAAAAUAUUGAAGUUAAAAUACUAAGGUGCAUCUUUCCUGAAGGUAUACUGCUGUGUACCUGGCUUUGGUAAACAAACAAACAAAAAUCCGUAUAUGCAAAUCAACAUAUCCAAACAUACCAAGACUGCUUUUGUCCUGCACUUGGAAGGAAAUAUUACGCCUAACCCUGCCCAACAAAUUAAGGAUUGUGCCUCAAGUGUUAGAUUGGACGGUGUGCCAGCUAGUCUCCAUUUACUACUAGUAUUCUGUGCUAAGAAUCUUUUUUAAACUAUAUUAUGAUAAAUUGAAACUAAGAUAAAAUUUCUCUUUGAUGACAUUCUAUCUUAGUAACCCUCAGUAAAUUAACAAGUCAGGUUGCAGCCCUUGUAUGAAUUUAAAGGAAGUUGCUAACUUCUGUGUGAAUCUAGAUUAAGGUACGUUCCGCCAUAGUUUCUGGGGCAGCACUCUCGGAGUUGCGAAGGAUCUCAGGCAGUGCCAGUCUCCCCUUCGAGUAAUCAGAAUAGUUUUAUGGAUAUGAGCGGAUUAGAGAGGAGGAGAUUUUACAGCAGAAAGACCUGAAUCAGACAACUAAUAACGGUCUGCUGUGACCACACACACACACACAAAAUGAUAAUAAAAUAAAAUAAAAAACCCCAAAAAACACAAAAAACAAAAACAGUCCAGACAAAAUAUAACGGGAUCAAAACUUCUAAAAAUAAUCUGUCUGAAAGCACACAGAGUCUCGUUUACUACAGUUUAGGGUUUGAAGACUUGUCUUAGAAUGGGAACAUGUGUUCAGAAUCUAGUCUUUGUAGUAGACUGUCCUCAAUGCCAUUCACCAGUAAGGGUUUUAGACAAAUUACGAUAAAGUUUGGCUGGUAGAAUAAACUACCUCAACUUAAUUUCAUUCUGUUCAUCGUAGAGCAAACUCCUCCUUUCCCCUCUCACUCCCACGCCGCUCUGCCCCACAUCCCGCUGUGGGGGAGGGUCUGUCAUUAGCAGCAUUUCUCUUGUAAGAUACUUUGUUUUCCAUUCAAAUUAGACCACAUUAGUGUGAAAUCAGGGACUUCAGAGUGCUCGAUUACUUCAUCCUUUGAAUUUUAUGCAAUAUCAGAUUUCUGAUCAAUUUAAUAAUAUAGAAUUCUUCAUUUUUUAAUUGUUUCCUACAGCUUUCCCCCGCCCCUCUCUUAGAACAUGGCUCUAAGAAGCAGUGUUUUAUCUUAAAGAUUAAUGUAUAAAUGUAUCUGGUAGUUGUAAAUUUGAGGACAGGAAUUUCUUUAGGAAACUUCCUAUAUGGAAUGUUUGUAUGCUAUUAACAUGCAUGUGAAAUGUUGCUUGUGUUUUCCCACCAUGAAUAGAAAAAAGGGUGAGAGGUUUUUGUUUCUGUUUUCGUUUCAAAUACCCACUAGAAGUCAACAACACAGUGCUACCAGAGUUGCUGGGAGGAGCCUCGCCCGUGGCGGUUCUGCAGAAUGUCAUGUGUGGCACAUUAAUGCUCCAUUCUGGCAGAAGACUUUGGUAAAAGAAGGAGUGAGGUCUUUCUCUUCUCUGUCAAAGGCACGAGGCCAGGUCUGCCACAUGUCUCAGUAACACGGUCCAGUUGGGCCUGUAAAUCAAAGCCGGCCCUUUCCCUUCGUGUUGCGUGUGGGUCCGCUGUUGUCUGCACACUUUCCCAGUGAUGCUUUGGAUGUUUUAUCAAAGCAAGCUCCAUGGCCACUGCACAGACAGAAAACCUUCUUCUUGCAAUUAGGUAUUCGUUUUAGAGAAAACAAAUUGCUGAAAAAGUGAAUUUUCUUUAGUAAGGGAUCUUGUAUCGAACACAGCUUUGGCAUUCAAAAGCUGCAGUUGAGAUACGUUACAGUAGUAAUCGGUAUCUCAUUAAAGCCAUGUCAGUCAGCAGUUCUCUCUUUUUUAAGUUCUGAAGUUUAAACUCUUCGCAGCCUACGCCGGGCCUCUCCGAGGAGAGGGUUCGUUGGUCAGGAGUGAGCAGGCUCGUGUCGUAACCUUGGCAGUGCCCCGCACUUUGUUUUUCAAAGUUAUGUUUUUUUAAAUUCAGUUUGUUGACAUGACAGCUGCAGAAAUUAGGGAAUAUUUUAUAAAAUAAAUUUGCCACAUAAUAUGGGAUGCAACAACCAACAAAAGCUGCUAAGUGCCAAACUGAUUUUUACUCUAUAUAUACAUAUAUAUAUAUAUAAAUAUGAAAAUAUUUUGUUGAAGUGUAGGGAUGUAUUUAAUUUUAUUAUGUUCCAAAAUUAAUCAUGACCUUUUUUUGUAAAUUACAGUUAUUUCAGUAUUGCGAAAUAAAUUUUAACUCAUUUCAUGCAGGUUUGUGUUUUAACAUUCCACUUAUGACUUGAAACAUCUUUUCUCGAUCAAUUUUUGAUACUUCUUUUUCCAUAAGGCACUUUUACCAGGCAUAUGUUGGAAUUGGCGGCUGAGGCUAGAUCUUAAAAUUUUAAAUAUAAUAUCUUUGGGGGAAGUGCAAUUUAUUUUCCUUAUCCCACCAACAGAAGGAAAGUUGUCUCAGGUUAGAGUAAGUGAGUACAUUUAAAGGAUCUCCCCUGUGCUACAAUCUAAAGUAGAUUUGUUUGUUUCUUUAGCCCAUCCAAAUGUAGAUUUUUCAAAGAUUCUAAGUGUUUAAUUUAAAAUGAAGUUUUGUGAGGGGGAUUUCUGAUAGUGCUUAUAUCCUGUGAAAGGAAAAAGUGUGAAGAGAGAUGUGAGAGUGAGGGCGAGAGUGAGUGUGUGUGUGUGUGUGUGUAUGUGUGCGUGCACGCACACGUGUGUGUGCUAUGCAACUUGGUAAGUCCGUUUGUAUAUGUUUACUUUUGAAUUGUAGUUCCAAACUACAUAUAUUACUGUUUUCUGGUGCUUCUGAUAAAUUCUUGAGCCUGUGGCCCUUCAGUUCAUACUACUGUGUUAAACUCACGUUGAGUGUAAAUAUUGAUAAAUUUGUAGUUUGUAGUUUUACUUGGUGUUUGCAUUUCUUUUCUUUAGUGGGAUUAACAAUGUUUGCCAACUAGUAGUUGGUAUGCUAUAAAGAUUUGGCCUAAGAAAUUUCUAAAUUCAUUGUGUAUUUCGUUAACUUAUUAUUUCAUUGCUGUGAGGAGGUAAUAGCUAACGGUGGGCUUUUUUCAAGCUGUAACAACCAAAAAGGCACAUUCAGGGGGGAUGCUGGGUGGCGUGUUGUCUGUAUUGAAGUGUCCUGUCCUGUUGCACUACCACUUUAACGAUGGCACUUUCUUCAGUGGUGCUUUAGAAGUGCCUUUUUAAAUCAUUUCUGUGUGGGGUUCCCUAGGCAAUGCACAGGAAAUACAGUCCUUACAUUGACAUGGUGAGGGUGGGGCUGCCUUUGCCGUGCAUCUCAGUUACCCAUGGCAGUAAGUUCGGCUUUCAGAGAAAUGUGUUAGCUGCCUUGGUCCAUUGGGGUUCCAUUUGAUAUGUUCCUAUUAGAACAAACCAAACCGGGACCCUGAAAUGUUUUCCAGGGACCACUGAAAACACUGCAAUAUUCCUUCCAGAAUGUUGGCUUUCUUGAUUCAAGAGGAGCCUCCUCUGGUCAGAUAAAGACAUUUGACUAUCUGGGGAAAGAAUAAGGUGCACUUACACUGCACAUUGCAUCAAUUUAACAAGUGCUGGGACCCCCCACCCCCUUAAAAAGCACCUGGUGGAAGGGAAAGACGAGGCUGCUCUUGUUCAGUGGCUGCCCUCUCAAGCUUGUGAGCUUUGGGGGGAGCCAGUGAGAGAGGGGACUCUGAUUGGUGUAGAAAAGCCUGCCCUAGGUUUAAUCAACAAAUGUUUAUUGAGCACCUACUAAGGUUUCUGCUUGCAUUUCUGAGGAGCUUAACAGUGAGGCAGGUAGAACACUGCUCUCCCUCUGGACUGCAAACUCCUGGGACAGGGACCGCACCUUAGUCAUCUGCUAAUCCCAGCUUCACAGCAGGCAGGCAGUGAAGGCUGGAGCAGUGAAUGCUGGACCAGUGAAUGUGGCGUGCUGUGCUCCAAGUGAUGUGUUUCACGGGGCUGCCAAGUACCCUCCAAGGGGGACUUAGAAUUUUCUGGAUUUUAAGUGAGAAAGUUUGUGCACAGGUGUGCUGGCCUAUAAAGUGGGAGCCCAGCACAGAAGAAGCGCAGGGUGCCUGACAUGUGACACGCCGCCCUGUGGCUUCUAUCUGGUCUGCAGGGCUUCUGAGACCCUCUGCUCAGCACGCCCAACAACAUUUUUCACGUUUACUAUUGGGUGUUAUUUAUGGCUUUUUAUAUGGGGCUCAAAAUCUUUUCCAGAACGUACUGCUUUGAUCCUUGCCUCUGCGUGAAGGCGCAGGGCUCGCUACUAGACAGGGAGCCGCCCUCGAGGCCAGUAGACGCAGCCUCACUGCGCUGCACACGGGAGUCCUCGCCACAGGCAGAACCCAGGCCUCUGGGCUGUCAUCUCGCCGUUCAGCCUAUGAGACUCACUUCAUUUUCUAGGCAGACAGGAUUCUUAUAAUCAUCUAAUAAUCAUUAAACCCCCAAACAUAUUUUUUUUGCAAACUGCACAGAUAUAAAAUAAAAGAUCUUUGAUUUUGUCUAGUUAUAGGAAUUUUCAGAAUUUACUAAGUCUGUAGGAACAGAAGUAAUAAGUGUGUUUGAAAGAGAAGCUGCUUUUACUGUAAAAGAGCUGAAGCUUCAUAUAUAAACUCCCUUUACUGGCCACGCGUAAGGUGAUCAGUAAGGGAAAGGGAAUCGUGUCUUAGAAUGUUAAAGAAAAUACUUUGCUAGCUGUUUAGUAACCCUGAAUAUUCAUUAUAGCCAGUUCAGAAAUUAUAGAAACUCGUGGUAUACAGGUGAGGAGUCCCCCACUUGUCCGUGUUUGAGAAGAGCGUGAACUCAGUUUGAGAGUUUGUUCUGCCUGUGCUGGCAGUGAAGUCUCAGUGGUAUUGAAUUACAGACUUUUUUUUUUUUUUUUUGGCAAGCCAGCUGAUAACUUUUAAUUUUUUAAUAGCUUUCAGAAGGAAAUCUGUUAUCAUUUUAACUUAAACAUACACACAUACCAACUUUGUCUCAUUACAAAAGUUCCGUUUAUGUGACAUCUGAGGAGCUCACUUACGACUGUGCUCUCUGGCCUGACGCCUACAGUUUAGGAAAGUUUGUUCUUUCUUAAUUCUGUCAUCAAAGCUCUGCAAGUGAAUUGAUCUUUAAAUUCUAUCUCUUUCAAAUACCUGACAACAAAGUUCUAGAUAGUCAGAUAUCUAAAACAACGUUAUGUGAUUAUCUAGUGGGAAAUGUCUGUUGCCUUCUGUUUUAUUUUUGAAAUAAAAGCUAUGUUUUUUAAAGUGCUACUCAACUGAAAUUUGGGCUAAUUAUAACUUUUGUUGUUAAUGUCCUCCUCGCCCCGCAAAGUCGUAAAUUCUGAAGUUGCUGCAAUGUGAAUUGGAGAAGGUGCGAGCAGGGGCAAGACGCCAGGCCAGGCCCUGGUGCGCACUGCUAGGACAAGCUGGAAAGAGAUAGAGAGCAGGUGGACAGGACCCUUGUCAAGAAAAGGCCCCUUCAGGUAACUCAGACCCCAAGCCGGUGCAGGUUCAUCUUGCUUUCUGGUUGGUGAAUGACAUUUAUUAGAAGUUUACUUGCAGUACAAAUCAUAAGUUAAGUGCUUUAUUUUUAUUGUUCUUAUUCAUCAAUUACAAUUACAGUGGUGCACCUAAGAACCUUGGAUCAUAUAUUUUGAAGUUAAACCAAUGAACUUGGUUUAAAUGUGACUCUCUGAAGCUUGCUUUAUCAUGUUUCCUGUUUAGUUGGGUGAGAAUUACAUGCACUUAUUCCCUUGUUCUUGGUAUUUAUAGGAGAAACUCUGUUCUCGGCUACCUCAUUGUGUGGUGUUGUGCUUGAUCCCCUGCCAGUUUAAAAGAAUUCAACACAUUCUGUCCUUUGACAAAAGCCUGGAAGCAAGCAGUGAGCGGCCUUGAGGAAUACAAUUCUCUAAGGUGUAUUUUCCAUUUUACUGCUUUUUUUUUUUAAUAGGCACUUUCAAUCAGGAGGAAUAGAUAUUCUCCUAGAGCUGCUGCAGAGUGAUUACUUGAAACUCAACUUGAACUUUAAAGAGUCUUCAAAAGACUGUGUUUUCAUAAUGUAGGAAAGUAGUAUAUUUCAACACCACUGCUGUGUAAAAUAGUUUGAUUUCCAUCCUCAUUAGCAUCAGGCAGGAAAUCUGUCAGGAGUUUGACCCACUGUUUGGAACUGAGAUGCCUGGGGCUACUGUUUUUCAUUUUCUGUAAGGCGCUAUCAUGAGCAGUUUGAGGAUCUAUUAAAUGCGUUUUCAUGAAUUGGAUUCCCAUGAGUCUUUCAUGUUGAUGAAAAUAUAGGCUCAUGACUAGAUUCUUCUUCUCUUUUAGUUCUGAUAACCUGGGCCUUUAAAACACACCACUGGAAUUGUCUGUCGCCCAGGUGCAGGGUUGAGGUUGGCCGAACAACAAAGAAUUGCAUUAUACUUAAAAUUGUGAGUGAUGAGGUUUGUUCCCCGUGUCGGCGAAAUGUCCCUCCCUUCCUCCCGUGUGUGCCUUCUCCCUGGGGCCCUGUCAGCUCACCGAGGCGCUGAGGGAAGAAGCUGCGAGGCCCAUCGGUUCUCAUAGACAGAUCUGACCUUUCAGGGGUGAUUUCUUAUGGGAACUAGGGAUAGUGCCCAGAAGUGUAAAGCCCGUUCCUGCAAACUUAGCAUACUAGGAAUAACUUCACUUAGGAGAUAAAAUUUAAAAACUUGACUCUCCUUAUGUAGUAAUAAGAUUUCAUUUUUACACUCGUGCUUCUUAGAGUCUUUUAUGGGGCCUGCUCCUGACAGUAGAGUGGCAGCUGCCCCUCAGGUGACAGCAGUGAGCGCCCGUGGUCCUGGCAGCAGGCCAGGAGACAUUUUCUUGGGUGGUUUUCAAGAGAACCCAGGCCCUUUAGAGCUCCUAACUGUGUUGUAAUUAUUUUUGUGAGGAAACCAUCUGUAAACAUUUGACGUACUUUCCUGAGCAGACCUAGUGGUUACGGGCAGGUGUGGGCUUGUGGUCCAGGUGCGUGUGGGUGUGCAACUUCUACCACUGACGGCUUCGUGACCUUUGCAAGCCCUUGAACCCUAAAGCUUGGUUUCCUACCUUCGGAAGUAUGGGAUAAUGGGUGUUUGCCUCUUAGGGCUGCUGUGAGGAGUAGGGGAAGUGAUGGUGAGAGCUCGGGCUCGCUGGGGCCUUGCACACAAAGGGUGGUGGUGGUUAUGACCUUGACUGCCAUUGACCCUCAUCUCGGCCUCUGGUCAUUGAUUACGUCAGCUCCUGUGGGGCAGGGGCUGCCCCGUGCUGAGCCUCCCUGGCCUUGGUGCACUCCUCAUUCUCACGGCUGCUGCCAUGUGAUGCCCAAGUAAAUGUAUAUUUGUGUCCAUAAGAUUAUUUACUUUCUAGACACCUUCUGCUUCUCUAAUAUUUAAGUUUAAGAUGAUUCUGGAUAGCUGAAAUAUCCCAAAAUAUGUGUUUACAGUGUUUAGACUUGUUAUGAGUAACCCUUGAUUCAGAAUUUGCCUAAUGAAGCCCCGUAGUAAUACUUAAAACUCUUUACCAAGGUUGAAUUUUUCCUUUUUUUCCCCUAAAAUAUCAAAAGUAGUAGACUAUAUUGGUCAGAUAAACGAGAUAUUUUCUAGAUCUCUAUUUGAGAUCAGUAGACCUAAACUAUUCCCUCUUAACUCGGACGCGAUGCAAAACUUAAAAACAAGCUAACGAAAUUUGUAUUCUGGUGUGAGUGUGUGUGUGAGUGAGUAGAACUUUUGUACCUUCAGAAAAGAAGGGUUAUUUAACCGAGAUACAACAGUGAACUGCCUGACCCUUUUAUCCUUUUCUAGUAUCACUUUUCAGUUCAGAUUAUGGGACUGGCAGAUGUGUCAGGCUGUGACGUGCCCAGCUUAUCCGGACUUCAGUAAGGCGUUCGAUAAAGUCGUUCCUAAUAUCUCUGUGAAUUUCCUUUGAGAAAAGGAAGUAGAAACAGGGCUGAAAGGGCUGAGUUAUAGAUGGAACGGACUGAACACCCAGACGGUGGCCGUGGUGAGACUGGGUCCCUGUUCGUGUGGACUGAGGUCCUCUAACAGUGUCCAGUUUUAAUGUUUUUAUUAAUCACUUUCAUAAAAAGGUAAAAGAAACAGUGCUGGGAGGGAUUAAGUGUUGGGUGUUCAGGUCUGCAGUGCUCUUUAGUCUAAUAAGAGAGCUAAAUAUAAAGCCUUCCGUCUAGCUUCAGAGAAGAUAGUUCCUAAUCGAAAAAGAAAGGAAAACGGUGGGGCUGCAGGGCUGACCCUUGAUGUUUAGAACAUAAGCCAGGGUUUAAAAUAACAGCACGUGUUUGUGUGGGGGCUGAUGACCAGAAAUGGAAGUCUGUUCUGCUGCUUUCAUCCAUCCAGGGCCCGCAUGGAGGUAGCUGUCAGUUCCGGGCCACGCACGCUGGGGGACCUGAGCAGGUCUGGGGGCCACCCUGAGGAUGGCCACUGGGGCGCUGGGCGCUCUGGACGCUGUAGCGAGAGCCUUUGAAGGCCCGAGGCUCCGACCUGGAGCGAAGCCUUUGGGAGGACAGGUGGGCUUACUGCAGAGUGCCUGGCUCUGGCCAGCAGGCAGAAACUAGAGAGACAGAGUUUUGUCGUUUUAGAACUUUCAAGUGGAAUCGCCCGCCUCAUGGCAAAGUGGUGCUUCCGGGGGUCCUGAACGCUCGUCUGUGGAAGGGCUCCCAAGGGUGACUCCCUGCAGCUCUGGCUCGCUCCGCAGAGAGCCCUGCCCUGUGGCACGGCACGGCUGAUGCUCUCCAAAGCUCCUUGCAAACAAGAGGUUCUGGGAACAGUUUAGUAAAGAAGAAAAAAUAAUAAUGUUGGUACCUUAACUUUCACGUUGUCUUUGAGGAGGAGAGUCUUGGUUCUUUUAACUUGUGCCCUCUCCCGUGUUCCCUUCUCCCCUCGCUCCCUCUCUGCCUGCCCGCUCACUGUCUCUUGCUCGCAGCCACGGCCAACAGCCCCUGCUGUCUUCAGCAGCGCUUCCACAAGAGUUUUCUAGAGAUCACCCUAAAGCCAGAUUGUCAACUAGAACAAUGAUUCUUGCUUUUUCUAUACUUUUUUGUUUUAAUCACUUAGUACCUCUGCAGAUUCCAGAAAGCUGAUAAAACUUGCAUUCUGUCCUUUGAGAACAGUUUCCACAGGACCUGGUCCCUCUCGUGGUUGGUCUCCCCCUCUUCUGUGAAGGCUCAGUGCCAUCUACUCUCAGCUACGGGAGGGCGGGGAGGGCACCCUUGUGUCUUUUCCUGCCCCCACUGCCGUAGGAAGGCUCUGCCCUGAGACCGGAAACAGGCACGAACGGAGACAUGCAGCCCAGUCCCCGGGAGGGAGCCGGCUGUUUUCCCCAUGUGCUUGCUCCCCCUUUCCGAAGGCGUCUCGCUUAAUGAUAACCUUUGGUUUGAACCGUGUUGUUUUCCCCGUGUGCUGCCCACAGGUACUGCUGGGGGGGGGGGGUCUCUCUGAGGAAGUAGGCCCUUCCACUGGUUGGCACUUCUUUAUGCCAGUUUAGGGACUUGCGCCAGAGUGGGAGAGGUCAUUUCAGGCCUGUGUGAGUCCUCGCUUUACACACUUUCCUUGGCGGUUGCAUACCUGCCUUGCCCUCUGUUCCUCACCCCGUAACUGUCUUAGCCUGACUUUUUAACCGCUUGAGUUAUGUAUUAAAGGGGAGUGGGCUCUUCUAGUGCCCCAGGUCAUUAGCCUAAUAUUAUUUCUUAAAAAGGCAUCUUCUGGGAGUCCCUGGCCUGGGCUUUGUGACUACCCCUUUCCACAGCCAGCACGUCCUGGCUGCAGGAGAGCCAGACCUGUGGCCCAGGCCCCGGAAGCUUCCCAGAAUCUGCCACCCUCUGUUCCUGCCAGGUGAGGACUGGGGGCCCAGAGCCUCUCCCCGCCUGUGGCAUCACCGACUACAGAUCUGUGGCUCCUUAAGCAACUGUAGACUAGGACAGCCUCCCUGGGGCCCAGGUGGCUCCCACCUCCCACAUGUGCCCUGCAGGCCCUCAAGGCUCCUCCCUGAGGCAGGAGGGGGGCUCCAGACGCCACACGUACUACCUCAGCACCGGCCGGGAGGCACUGUGUGGGCCCGGACCGUCCGAGACUUGCGCUCAGGGCCGGGAGCUCUUGGAAACUGGCGUGAACGAGCUCGGCCACGGUGUCCACGGGCCUGCACAGGGUGUCCCGUGUGGGUUCUGGUCCGCACCAGUCUGGCCGGCACUGGUCAGAGCAGAGGAAGGCCCGUGUUCGCUUUUCUCUUCGUUAGCUCUGGCUAGAGAGCGCUGCGCUCCAAACUGUGUAUAGAGUCAGAGAUUAGAAGUGCUUGUUUACAAUAAGAGAGACCUUUUCAUAUAUUUUUCAAAAGGAGCUUUUGCUGCAGAAGAAACACCAGAGGAAAAAAAAAUUUAUUAUUAUCAUUAAUCUAGCGUAUGCUCACUGAAUUAGACUCUUAGGCUUUGUAAAAAAAUUAUGUAGGCAGUAGUAUAUGGAGCAAAGGGGUAUCAUCAGCUUAAAAACAAGCCUUUGGUUUACGUGGGUUUAUAGCAUUGUCUUCCUAUGUGGCACCUCAAAAUUCUGCCUGAAAACAGAUCACCCCAAAUCCAUGGGCUGGAUCGUUUUAUGGUGGGAAAUGUGUCGGUGGCCUUUGGUUGAGAAAAGCACAGGUAUUUAGGAAACUUGCUUAAUAAUUAAUCAGGGGCUUUUUCUGCCGACGGGAUCUUUUCAUUUUCACUCAUCUGUAACACAGCUUUUGUUUGGUUCCUCACCCCUGUGCCCCUGCAGGCCGCCAGUGACAGAGUCGUACUCAUUUUGUUUUGAAUCACACCAUUUGGGAACUGUGACAAUCAUCAAAAAAUAAUCACAGCUUGGGCAGAAAUUUCAAACAACUGUUGCAGCCAGUUCUGCAGUUUGUACCCAUAGAACGGGGGCGGGGUGGGGGGUGAUCAGCAGACUUAAAAAAAGGCACCUCCCCUCCCUUCCCAUUUCCUCCCAUCCUCACCAGAAACUGCUGCAGAAGCGCCCGCAGCGGGCUCCGGCAGACUUCAUUUCAUCCCGCCGUGCCUGUCUGACCAAGACCCGCCCAUGAAACUUGCACACCCAUUGGUCUCCUGGCACUGAUGUCAGUCCUCUGCCACAAGAGAAAAAACUAUUCUAAGGGGGGAUUCCUUAAAACAGGGUUGUAAUUCAGCCCUACUCUCAGACUUGUGGCUGAUCUUCACGGCGGGCCCGGAGCCAGUGAACGGCCAGCGUCGCUCCUGUCAGCUGGCGCCUCUGUGGCACCAGGUGCCACAUACGCAACAGCCACACUCGUCGAGAACCAGUUCUCAGUGCCCUCUUGGUGUGCCAUUUUAUUAUAUUCAGUACCAUAAGGAAAUUCUUGUGAAUACCAUAGAAAUACCAAAUUCCCCAAACACCACAUCAAAGUUCACUCUGUUAAACACAGAUCUUUGUUUAACCAACAUCUCUGUAUCUUCUUACAUGGUACAUACAGAAUAGUUUUAAUAUUAAUAUUUAAUAUUUAGUAAGAUUCCAAGUUGGGAAGUCUACUUGGGGAUAUAUUCAGGCUAGGUUGUAUUGUGUGUGAUAAGGUGUAUCCUGAUCUUUAAAGAGACACCAACU